AAACCUGCAUUAGCAUCUGAUCCUGUAGGCAUGGAGGGGUACAGUGACAAGCUUUUCUGCUGCAGGUGGGUGCGCAACAAGGUUCCCCUGGCCCACAGAGAGGAACUGUACCACAUCCUGAGGAUGACAGGGCCUCUGCUGUUCUCGCGAAUCCUCAAUUACCUGCUUCCAUUUGUGGUUACAAUGUUCUGUGGGCGUCUGGGAAAUGAAGUGAUGGCUGGUUAUGGAUUAGCUUCUGCUACUAUCAAUGUUACCACUGCAGCAACAGGAUGUGGUCUGGGACUCGCAUGUGACACUUUGGUGUCUCAGACAUUUGGCGGCAAGAACCUGCUGCGGGUGGGAGUGAUCCUUCAGCGGGGCAUCAUCAUCCUGCUGUUGUUCUGUCUGCCCUGCUGGGGCCUCCUCAUUAAUGCCCAGGCCAUCCUGUUAUGCCUGGGCCAGGACCCUGAGGUGGCCAGAAUAGCCCAGCUCUAUAUUACCAUCUUCCUUCCUGCAGUGCCAGCAAUGUUUCUACAUCAGCUUCAGGUGUCUUAUCUCCAGAACCAGGGUAUAAUACUGCCUCAAAUGUACACUGCUGCCAUGGCAAACAUAGCAAAUGUGGUGACAAACUACAUCUUUCUUUACUGGCUGAAUCUUGGAGUUAGUGGAUCUGCAGCAGCCAAUGCUCUGUCUCAGAUUUACAUCUGUGCUUUUCUGUUUGCUUACAUUUGGUGGAAGAAGCUCUAUGUUGAAACAUGGGGAGGCUGGUCUGUGGAAUCACUGCAGGAGUGGGGCUCCUAUAUGAAACUGGCCAUUCCCAGUACACUAAUGACUUGUUUUGAGUGGUGGGUUUACGAGUUUGGGGGGUUCUUCGCAGGAAUGCUGAGUGAAGAUGACCUGGCAGCCCAACAUGCUGUGAUAAUGGUGGCAUUCAUAACCUACAUGUUUCCACUUGGUAUUCAAGCUGCAGCAUGUGCCCGUGUGGGUAACGCCCUCGGGGCAGGAGACACUGCCAGGGCACUUCUCACCAGCAAGAUGUCGCUUGCUCUUGCAGGCAGCUUCGCGGUUGUUGAGGGUCUGGUGCUUGGCUCUACUAAAACAGUGAUUGGCUUCAUGUUCACCUCUGAUGAGAAGAUUAUAGGUCUGGUCUCCCAUCUGAUGAAUGCCUACUGUUUCCUUCAGUUCUUUGAUGGUCUUGUGUGCGUGUGCACUGGCAUCUUCUUGGGCACAGGCAAACAGAAGAUACCAGCUGUGGCAAAUCUCAUUGGAUACUACUGCAUAGGACUUUCACUGAGUGUUACUUUAAUGUUUGUUGUAAAACUGGGAGUUUUAGGUUUUUGGUUGGGACUGCUCAUUUGUGUCGUUUUACAAUCCACCUUCUACAUCAUUGUCAUCUUCAAGCUGAACUGGAAGAGAAUGACAGAGGAGGCGGUGAAACGAGCUCAGAAAAAGACACACAUGACAUUAUUAAGUGCAGCUGCUCUGUCAGACAAUCUGGGUAACAACACUGCUGGCCAGACAGUGAGUAAUGGGAACUCAGUGGAUGGCUACAUGUCUGUGAGAACCGAGUGCCGCGAUGGGAUGGUUGAGGCACAAGGUGGACAUGGGGUGCAGCAGGUGAGGGGAGGUCAUCUCUCCCUCACCCAGCUGAUGCUCAGACGAGGCCUCAUUAUGUUUGCGGCACUUGCACUUCUGGCUGUGGGAGCAAGUGUGCACUUCCUUGUGCCCUUGCCUGAGACCCUGCCUUCAGAGGCCAACUUUACAAUGGACUGGAUCAAUACUACAUACACUCCUGAUCAAAUAUUCUCCACUGUUCUGGUCCCAAUAGAGGAGUCAGCAUAA